AUGUCUAUCGAACGAUUACAAAACGACGAAUUCCCUCCUAAGCCAUGGAACGUCCCUGCCGUCAAGGUUCCAGGACCCAUCAUCUUCCUCGCUGGUCAGACCGCUAAAGGUGACAUCAAGACGGCUACCCAAACCUCUUUGGACAACUUGGCCAAGGUCGCUGCCAUCGGUGGAUCAGGCCCUGAAAAGUUCGUCAAGGUCAACGUAUGGCUCAAGGACAUGGGUGACUUCAACGCCAUGAACGAAGUCUACAUCAAAUUCUUCGGCUCCAACCCCCCUCCUCGAUCAUGUAUGCAAGUUGGUAAGCUCCCAGGUGGUGACGAAGUUGUCAUUGAGAUCGAAGCUAUUGCCCAAGCUUAA